AUGUGCUCAGACACUGAGGGGAGGGCCAGCUCCACUCUGGGCUGCUUCCUGGACUCUGUGGAGGAGGUGAGGGACAGGAGGCCCCUGGACUCUGUGGAGGAGGUGAGGGACAGGAGGCCCCUGGACUCUGUGGAGGAGGUGAGGGACAGGAGGCCCCUGGACUCUGUGGAGGAGGUGAGGGACAGGAGGCCCCUGGACUCUGUGGAGGAGGUGAGGGACAGGAGGCCCCUGGACUCUGUGGAGGAGGUGAGGGACAGGAGGCCCCUGGACUCUGUGGAGGAGGUGAGGGACAGGAGGCCCCUGGACUCUGUGGAGGAGGUGAGGGACAGGAGGCCCCUGGACUCUGUGGAGGAGGUGAGGGACAGGAGGCCCCUGGACUCUGUGGAGGAGGUGAGGGACAGGAGGCCCCUGGACUCUGUGGAGGAGGUGAGGGACAGGAGGCCCCUGGACUCUGUGGAGGAGGUUUUUGCAGGAACAGAACGUUUGUGUUUCCCCGCGGCGACUGUCCACCUGACACUAGAGAUCUCAUCAGAGGAGGAGAGGGGGGAGGAGAGGGGGGAGGAGAGGGGGGAGGGGGGGGGGGAGGGGGAGGGAGAGGGAGGGAAGGAGGGGAGAGGGAGGGGGGAGGAGAAGAGGGAAGGGGGAGAGACGAGGGGGAGAGAGAGGGAAGUUGUAACAUUCUUCUACUGA